GCACAAGCUGUGUAUAAUUCCAUCAUCGUGAUCGGACGUGUUAUUGUAUCAUAAUUUUUGAAAAGUGAGACCGGCUUCAAACGUGCAACUGAAUUUGUAUUACUAUUUUAGACUUUCGUAUUCUUCAUAUUGUUUUUUGUUACUCACAUAAGUGCAGAUACUCAAUGACUCAGUUCUAACCUGCUGGUUGCGGAGCCAAUAAAAAGAAGAAGAAGAGAGGAGAUUGGUCACGUGUUUAUAUUGUUACAGUCGUUGCGUUUGUGUAACGCCAUGUAACGCUUUUGAAAUAUAGAGAGAAAACACGGAUAUUUUCACGAAAAUUACGGUUUAUAAGAAUUUUUAAAGUUAAGAAAAGUGCCCGCGACGUUACUUAGCGACAAUGUCAAUCGGAGUUCCUAUUAAAGUGCUUCACGAGGCUGAGGGCCAUAUCAUAACCUGUGAGACGAAUACCGGCGAGGUGUAUCGGGGCAAAUUGAUAGAAGCCGAGGAUAAUAUGAAUUGUCAAAUGCAAAAUAUUACAGUGACGUAUCGAGAUGGCCAAGUGGGACAGCUGGAGAAUGUAUAUAUUCGCGGCUCGAAAAUUAGGUUUCUCAUAUUACCAGAUAUGUUGAAAAACGCACCGAUGUUCAAACGACCUGGUGGCAAAGGAUCGGGCACAGCCGGUAGAGGAAAGUCCGCAAUAUUACGAGCUCAAGCUCGUGGCAGAGGGAGAGGACAAAAUCAAAGAGGCAAAGGUACUGGGUCAGCACCUUGGCUGAAUCAACAGAAUCAACCAGGUGGAUCUCAACCUGGAAGAGGCAGGGGAUAAAUCUUGUGAUAAUAAACUUUAUUUAGAUUAACAAGUGCAAAAUUUCAUUCCUGUAUUUUUACAUCAUUUCUAACAGUAUAUUUCUGCAUUCAAAAUUGUAAUCUAUAUUUUCAAUGAGUAUGUGAAAUUUAUUAUUAAUCACAUACACAUUCGAUAAAUAUAUGAAGCGUUUUGUUAAAUGUGUAAUCAUAAGGUUUAUCAAGUUUUUUUAUGUGUAUUUCUUUCUUCAGCUUCGAGUAAGCGAAUGCUCUGUAUUAGUUAUCCCGUAUUAAGCUACCAAAUAUAUUUCACGUGUCGCCGCCGAAAAUACUCCAGCCGCGAACGAUUUUCUCCUCGGACACGUCAGCGUUGCAGCUGAAAGUUUCCAGAAAAUUUUUGACUUAACGACUUAACGAUACUUAGAAAUUAAGGCAAUCGAAAAAGACUAUACUUUCGAUAUAAUCAUCAAUGGAUAAUUUAGGCACGAUUUCUCCGCGAUCUUUAUGGGACGACUUGUAUGCGCCGAUUUCACAUAGACAAUAUAUAUACAUACAUAUAAAUACAUAUAUAUACACACACACACACACACACACACACACACACACACACAUAUAUAUUUUAUCUUGUAUCAAGAUAUUAUUGUUUGUCGAUGAAUCUGUUCUUUUUCCUUUUUGGCGCAUCUUUUUAAGAACGCUGAUGAGAGAAAUCAGAAUCGUGUAUAGAAAAAAACCAUGUUAAUACAUAACAUAUAUACAUUUACAUUUACACGUACACAUACAUAUAUUAUAUACACAGACACCGAUUAUCAGUAAUAUCGACGGAAUGGUUGUCUUCAGACCUUUAUCCUAUUUUAUAGGCAUAGCAUAUUUUUCUAACGUAUUGCAAUAUCAGAAUAAUCUUACCUAGUGAGAGCGAUAGAAUGAUCGAGAGGAAGAGAAAGAGGAAGAGAGUGAUUGAAGGAAUGCGUAUGGAAAUAUAAAUGAUUUAUAGGAGAGGCGAGA